UCACUCUCACGAGAGCGGAAUACGCCCUGCAGAGCUCAGACCAGCUAGAAGGCUAACCGAGGUGGCCCCGAUCCCUCGAAUGGAGGGUGCUUUGUUGUGGAAACAGGCGGCAGAGUCAGAUUUGGAUCUGGGGAGCACAGGCGAGCCCCCCAACGUACGUUCUCCUUCUAUCCUGGUAUCCUGACAUUUGCGAGAAUGGAUGUAUGCCCUCCUGACAUCGGUGCUCAAUACCCUCUCCUCACGCCUCCUCCCUCAAGGCCUCACCGACGGUCACGUCACCACUAAUGGUUGUAAUCUCCCUUCGCCGUCUUCCAGUGCACGCACAAAACUUGAGGGGUUCCAUGGCUAAGUCCCACUGUUCCACGCCGUGUUGCUUUCUGGUUACCUUGCUUAUAUUUACUUGCUACUACAGUUACAAAUACAGCUUGUAUAGUAGUAGAAUUGAAUUUUUAGACGCGUUUUCAAGGGUGUACGCUUGGCAGGCGUAUCAGCACGUAUUGCCAGUAGCGAAGGGCGAGCAUGAUUCUACGAUACUUGAUGGGCCAUAUGCCGGACUCAGAAAACAACAUGGCGACGGAACGCUGAGUGAUGCCCAGCAAUCGCCGAAUGAAACGCUUCUGAACACGCUCCAUUUGGGCCAGCAACAUGUAGAAUUAAUAUCGAUAGAUACGUCGCACGCAGACAUCAAAUGCGGCAACAGUAGCCAUGUAGACAUCAAUACCGCCUUUCAGAGGGAACGUGCCCACGAAGUUCUCUGCUCCAAACAGGGCAUUAACAACUUUCCGUGCCUUUGAAGCUUUAAUGUAGUAGUGCUCUUUAAAAAUCGACUGAAGAGUCCGACCGCCAACGAGGAGAACAGGUAAAUGUGGUAAAGUGGGUUCGCCUUUCAUGACGACGGCAUGCAGCAUGCCUUAAUCACGGUGGACUACCGGGAAUGAGACCGAGAUGAAAAUGCAUGCUGACAGGUGGAUGCUGUUUAGUGAAAUGAG